UGUUGUUCAGUUCGCUUUCAGCUAACCUCUUGUGCAUGUCGAAGAGUAAAUCGCUUAUAUUUCGUGUCGUUUUUCGUUGAAACUUCGCGUAAUUAUCAGAAUAAUGUUUUGUGAAUGAAAUAAGUUGUUAUUCGGUGUGUUGACUAUGUAGAAACGAAGAACAAAGCGUGUGCAUUGUUGAACUUCUUGUGUUCAGUUUAAUCAGUUUAAAAAGUUACAUCAGUCUGCUGUCAUAAUGGAUUCAAAAACAGCAUGGAUUUAUCGUCUGGCCGUUACAUCAUUUAUUGCUUGUUUUUGCACGGUAUCUGGCCAGACUACUCUGAUAGAACAGGACUUUCUUCCAGUAGUAACAGCCACGUGUAAAGCAGGGUACAUGACAAUCAAAGUCUCCACAAAUUCAUCGUUUCUAGGUGCCAUCCAUGCGAGAGACUUUCGAACGUCAUGUAUUGCUUAUGGCAAUGGUACCAACCUGACAACGUUGGACAUCAACAUGCUAGCUUCUCAGGGUUCUCCCGACUACUGUGGGGUCCUAGUCAACAAUAAAACGGAGGAACGCUCAAUUCCUAUAGCGGUUCGAAUUCACAAGUCAUUGGAACUAGCUGACGAUAAGUUCUAUGUGAUAACAUGUGGCAAGGCUGGAUUCAAGAACUCCAGGAACGAGAAAUCCCUGGUGUCCUUGAAGAUUCUCGAAAAAGGUCGAAAAAUGCAAGAAGUUAUGUUUGGUCAUGGCUACACGCUUAGAGCCGAUGUUUCCAAGCCAGAUGGUACUCAUGGAAUCAGGGUGAAAUCAUGUUUUGCUUUCGACAAAGGAAACAGAAGUGAGAUGCUCAUUGAUGAAAGAGGAUGUCCGAAAAAUCCAUCAGUGAUAUCUUCGUUCAAAUACGACGAAAAGCUAGGAGCUGCAGAUGCCACCAUUUAUUCAAUAUUCCGCUUUUCAGAAGAGCCUGAGGUCCAUUUCCAAUGCGAUAUCUCACUGUGCAAAGGUCUAUGUCCAGAGGUGCAGUGCAAUGACAAUGAAGGCUUCGCUCUGGCGCAGGCUGAACCAAAAGAUAUCUACAGUGAAACCGUGGAUGAGGGAGCUCUUAUGGCCAGUACCACUGUAUAUGUCCUCAAACCUGGUGAAGUUCCAAAAUUAGCAGAGCUGUGCGACGAGGGGACAAUAAGGCCGCCAUGGCUGCUGUACCUGUGCAUAGCGUUUGGCCUGAUGUUCCUCAUCAUGCUCAUCAUCAACAUCUUCCUGUGUAGUGCCAUGACCUGCGCAUGCGCACGCACCGAAGUCAUCGAAAAGGAGCCGAGCAUCAUCGAGGACUAUGAUCCCUACAGGAGUUGGCAUGGCUCACAGUAUGGCUCAAGGUACUCGCUGAACGGUAAACCAGGCUACGUGUCUGGAGGUUCGACGAUGAACUCGACCAGGUCGAUAUCGACCAACAGCGAUCACUACGCGAUUGUGCACUCGCGGCCUGGCUCAAGGUACUCGCCGCCCAACAAGCCCAGCCAGCGUAGUCCGGGCUCCAACCUCGGCUCACACUACUCGGGCAAAAUGUAGGGCGCCGCACCAUUAUCACUCAUCGAAUAAAUUGAAGCCAGUACCAGCGACCAUGAUGUACGAAUGAAGUUUGGCUCAAUACUGACGAAUGUCUGCGACGACGUUUGGACUUGUAACAAAAAUAAACUAGACGUAAAUUAAUUUGCUGAUGAGUGAGUGAGAGAAUGAUAAUUCAAUGUUGAUUUGUUUAAUACACUGCGUGUAUGUGUGUGUGAAGAAUGGUGCUGACCCAGUAAUAAUCUCCGUCCUCCACUUAUUCUAUAACUUUUGUAAAAUAUUUUAUCGUUUGAGUGUUCAAUUUUGGGAGUAAUAUUGUUAUUUGUGUCAGUGUCUAAAAUAUUGCACUAAUCAGUAUUAUUAUUGGUCUUCCAUAUAUUUCAGAUUGUGAUUAUAAGGUACUUCAUAUUCAAAAUCGGGGUUAUUAUAUUUUUUAUAUAAUUGAAGAGACUUGAGAAAUUUUAUAAUUUAUUUUUUAUGUGAGAAUACACAUGAAAGACUAAAAAGGUGGCCUAAGUACCAUAAUUUAUUCACAUAAGUCUUAGAAAUACAAUUUCUCGAACCUCACAUCAGAGUUGAGUAGAUUUGGAAUUCAAUAAACGAUUACUCGAUUGAGUUAUGAAAAUAAACAUUAACACGAAUUAAAAAUGGUUGAAAAUAUUAAUUCGAUAACAAAGAGAGGUUGUCUUCUUAGAUUCUCCAUUAAAGGUUUCUUCAUGCGCUCCUUAGCGAUGUCACCGUGUCGAUCACGAGGUGUUGAUUCAUGGCCUGGGUAAUGCUCGCAGACUUGUUGGCAGACUGUUUUCAUUGUAAUCUCUUUCAGAUUACAAUGUCUUUAUAAGUUAAAGACAUUGGUACUGAUACGUUGUCUUUUCACGGAUUUGCCUCACCAAGAAUUAUUUUUAUGUAUCCUUUUAUUUCUUCGUCCUAGAAAUACAAUUUCUUGAACCUCACAUCAGAGUUGAGUAGAUUUGAAGUUCAAUAAACGAUUAACUCGCCUGAGUAAUGAAAAUAAACAUAAACACGAACUAAAAAGAAGUAGAAGACGCCGCCAUAGAGAAGGAAAGAAGAAGAAGAGGAAGAGCAAGUCCGUCGUCUUCUCACGGAUGAAGAAAUAAAAGGAUUUAUCAAAACAAUUCUUGACGAGGCAAAUCUGGAAGAGAUUACAAUGAAAACACUCUGCCAACAAGUCUGCGAGCAUUACCCAGGCCUAGGACUUGUUCUCCCUCUUUUUCUUCCUUCUCUAUGGCAGCGUCUUCUUCCUCUUCUCUCUAGUAACACGCAUUAAAAUGAUAAAAGAUAUUAUUCUGUAAAUAAAGAAUCUGAAACAUUGUUAUCCAUUACUAGAGCUACUCUUAAUGUUAUUCAUGAUGACUGUCUAUACAAUGUUCAUUUUAUAUUGACGAGCCCAUUCAAUUUGGCUUCUAUAAUGAAUAAAUAAACAAGGUGUUAUCAUAAGUUGUUUAAGCCUCUAAAGGUUCUAUCAUAAAACAUUAUAAUUGUGUGAUACUUCUGUAAAACAUGAUUCAAUGAAAGACAAAUAUUAAUUUUUUCCAAUCUUUAAUCGGUAUAGUUUUUUAUAUUGUCAAAUAUUUUACAUUUCUACCAUUUUUGAGACGUAUUUAUUCACCAGAUAUACUCUACUUUAGUUUCGACUAAAUUAUUACCAAAAUUGAUUGAAGAGCAACCAAAGGUCAUAAUUGUUUUUAUGGCUUGAUUUUUCUUUUCAUGACUGGAAUAGAUUAGGUCUAUCUUCCUGAAUUUGUGUUUUGUUUCUGCUGUACAAAACAAUAAAACAAAUUGUUGUAUAAAUUGUAUUUCAACUUCCAAUUUCAAGCAUUAAAGACUGACUUUUUAUUUUAUAAAAUUCAGAUUACUAGUUUUGUAUCUAUUGUAUCUACUAUUGCGUGCUCCUCGCCCUUUUUCAGAUUUAAUUGACAAAUGAUGAGAUUUUAUGUGACCUGUAUAGAUUAGACUCAAAAACGGGUUUAAAAAGACAUAAUAUGCAAUAUAAGAUGAAUUACAUAUUGUUCAAAAUCACAUUGUAUGUAAUUUAUCAUGUAAGUGCAAUAUCUGACGCUGAUACUUUGUGUAAUAAACAUGUAUGUAAGUACAUAAAAUGUAUGUUUAGUAUGUAAGAAAUACGUGUGUCUAACACUGAAAAUAUACCAUAUUUUUAUAUUAUUUAGAAAUGUUUAGAUGUCGGUAAUAAUACAGUAUUUUGUAAUCUUUUUUUUAUUAUGAGAGUAUACAGAAAAUAUAUGUAUUCUAGACGAUAUAAACAAUAUAUUGUACAGAUAAAUUUCAAUGCAAGGUAUCAAAUUUAUCAUUUUAAUAAUCUGAUACAAUUUUUAAAUUUUUAAGCCAAGUAAGAUCAUUCAAAUGUGUUACAUAGAAUUUUAAACGUUACGGUACUAGAAAACUUUUCUUACAUAGCUUUACUCCAAUAAUAUUCUGCAAUGAUCCUUCAAGUUUUCUCUAGGUUUCUUUUCAAAUUCAUAUAGUUUUAAAUUGCCUGAUAAAAAUGUGCAGAAACUUUUUAGUAAACUAUAUUUUUCGAGUUUGUUUUAGUUUCUUUCAAGAUUGUGCUAUUUUCAAAUUCUUUUAUUUUCUGACCAUAAUUAAUAAUUAUCUAAUUAUAUGCUAUGGUUGUUUUUAUGUUGUGAACUUCAGUAAUAAUUAUCUAAAUAUUAGAAUAACAUAGUAAAUAACUAAUUCAACACUACUAUCAUCCAAAUCAACGAUGGACCCAAAUUUUUAUCUUACAUCCACUACUACAUAACUUACCAACUAAAAAAUAUAUUUCAUAAAAUAUCUUUUUUAAUAUAUAUUUCUUAAAAAUAGGUAGUGUCUUUAUGAUAUAGUACUGUAUUGUAUAGUAAAAUAUCAUAUCCUUACAGGUAAUCUUUUAUCCAGAUAGGUAAUAUUAAUUGAAUUAGCUCAAAUAUUUUUUGGAUUAAGUUAUCGAUUCUAGUUAUUUGUACUUAGUUGAUUACUGUAAUGUAAUAAGUGGUAAAAUUCAGUUAGCCACUACGGUAGCCUACAUGUUGAACGAUGUACAUUCCAACACUAAAAUAAUAUUAUUGUAAUAAAUCUAGUUGGUAAUAUUGUAAGUAAUGACAUUUGUUUACAUGAAUAAUGUAUGUUGAAUUGAUAAUGAAUUGUUUACUAAUUAA